AUGCAAGCAGCACUGACAGCCUUCUUCAUGUUGCUCUUUAGCCUGCUGAGUCUUCUGGGGAUUGCAGCGAAUGGCUUCAUUGUGCUGGUGCUGGGCAGGGAGUGGCUGCGAUAUGGCAGGUUGCUGCCCUUGGAUAUGAUCCUCAUUAGCUUGGGUGCCUCCCGCUUCUGCCUGCAGUUGGUUGGGACGGUGCACAACUUCUACUACUCUGCCCAGAAGGUCGAGUACUCUGGGGGUCUCGGCCGACAGUUCUUCCAUCUACACUGGCACUUCCUGAACUCAGCCACCUUCUGGUUUUGCAGCUGGCUCAGUGUCCUGUUCUGUGUGAAGAUUGCUAACAUCACACACCCCACCUUCCUGUGGCUGAAGUGGAGGUUCCCAGGGUGGGUGCCCUGGCUCCUGUUGGGCUCUGUCCUGAUCUCCUUCAUCAUAACCCUGCUGUUUUUUUGGGUGAACUACCCUGCAUAUCAAGAAUUUUUAAUUAGAAAAUUUUCUGUGAACAUGACCUACAAGUGGAAUACAAGGAUAGAAACAUACUAUUUCCCAUCCCUGAAACUGGUCAUCUGGUCAAUUCCUUUUUCUGUUUUUCUGGUCUCAAUUAUGCUGUUAAUUAAUUCUCUGAGGAGGCAUACUCAGAGAAUGCAGCACAACGGCCACAGCCUGCAGGACCCCAGCACCCAGGCUCACACCAGAGCUCUGAAGUCCCUCAUCUCCUUCCUCAUUCUUUAUGCUCUGUCCUUUCUGUCCCUGAUCAUUGAUGCCACAAAAUUUAUCUCCAUGCAGAACGACUUUUACUGGCCAUGGCAAAUUGCAGUCUACCUGUGCAUAUCUGUCCAUCCCUUCAUCCUUAUCUUCAGCAACCUCAAGCUUCGAAGCGUGUUCUCGCAGCUCCUGUUGUUGGCAAGGGGCUUCUGGGUGGCCUAG